AUGACAACCAACUUGGCGCCAGUCCUGGCCAUUUCCCUCGCAAACCAGUCAUGGUUUGAUAAAAUGUAUGGGCCGGUCAUUGCUGGCAUCAAAUCUAAGACAGAGUUGCAGCAGACCUCGGAUGCUGCAUCCGCGCUGCGUCUCCUGUCCCAAGUCCCCGCGCCCUCUACCGUGUUGAUCACCGACCAUGCCCUGGCGCUCAAAGAGAACGCCACGGUCUGGAACGCGGUGCUCAAAUAUGUCCGCGGCGGCGGCACUGCCGUGAUCAUGGGAUCAUUCUCGAGCUUCGUACUGCCGAACGAGAUCGAGCCCUUCUUUGGGCAAGCAGGCCUGCGUUGGUGGGCGGGCCCGUACCACCGCAGCGUGCUGACGCUCAACGAGUCGGUGGCGGUCGCGUUAGGCGUGGAUGCCGAGAAGCUGCUGCCGAGAUACAGCCAAAAGGCGCUGUUAAUGGCCACGAAGGCGACGCGUGCUAUGCUCUACGUACCCGACAAAACUGCGCCAAGCAUGUCCCGGGCUGCUCUCCCCGGCAAUUGCGAGACUGCCGUGGCAAUGGAAAGGGUUGGAGACGGAAGAAUCGGGUACAUCGGCGAUGUCAAUGCGGAGGAUGGGUCACAGCGAGUUAUUUUGGCCAUGUGUGGGCUGCUGUAA